AUGUGGGAGUUCCGGUCCAUGUCCUUCUGGCGGGCGGUGUUCGCCGAGUUCUACGGCACCAUGUUCUUUGUAUUCUUUGGGUUGGGGGCAGCCCUCCGCUGGACCACUGCGCCCCAUACUGUUCUGCAUGUUGCCUUUUGCUUUGGGCUGGCGGCUGCCACCCUCAUCCAGUCCAUUGGCCAUAUCAGUGGAGGACACAUCAACCCGGCUGUUACCUUUGCCUACCUGAUUGGCUCCCAGAUGUCCCUGUUCCGUGCUUUCUUCUACAUCGUGGCCCAGUGUCUUGGAGCACUGGCUGGUGCUGCCGUGCUCUACGGGGUCACACCCGGCAACAUGAGGGGAAACCUGGCACUCAACACACUGCAGCCUGGUAUCAGCCUGGGUAUGGCCACCACCAUGGAGGUCUUCCUCACCCUGCAGCUUGUCGUCUGCAUCUUUGCAGUGACAGAUGAGAGGCGCAAUGGACGCCUGGGAUCCGCUGCCUUGGCUAUUGGUUUCUCCGUGCUCAUGGGACAUCUUCUUGGGAUGUACUACACUGGAGCAGGAAUGAACCCUGCCAGGUCCUUCGCCCCCGCUGUCCUGGUCAGGAAUUUCGUCAACCACUGGGUGUACUGGGUGGGACCCAUGAUUGGUGGUGCCAUGGGUGCUCUGCUGUAUGACUUCAUGCUCUUCCCCCGCAUGCGCGGCCUCUCCGAGAGGCUCGCCACACUGAAGGGCACCCGGCCCCCAGAGGCUGAGGGCCAGCAGGAGACCAGGGGAGAGCCCAUCGAGCUCAAGACACAGGCCCUAUAAGCCUGGAGUAGAAGAUUGGCUUUCUGACCCCCAUCCCUCACCCCUCACGCCUCACUCUGCACCCUCAGUUCCCGGUCCAUCCUCAGCCCCACUCAGCGUUUCUGCACACAUACCUCUUUCCCGCCUCCACACACGCUAACACAGAUCCCGAACACAUCCUUGUUCUGCAUCCAGAACUAGACCUGCUGAAUCACAGUGAAGGGGUACCCACAGCCCUGACCAUCUCGCCUA